GGUCAUUUGAUCAUUUGGUUGUUUGUCAAUCAAUGUUCAAUUGUAAGAUGAACUUGUUCCCACGGUUGUUGUAUUGGAUGAAUGUGAGCGUGGGUGACAAGGUCAUGAAGACUGCGUUUGAUCACGACAUGGCUAUUGUUGAUGUGGCGGUGUCAAAGGAAGAACUUGAUCAUGCUAUUGUAAGAGAAGCAUUUGAACAUUUCGGCACUGAAUUCAAAACCCAAGAAUUGAAGGACAAGGAAGAGCUACAGAGUUUGGUAGAACAUCAUGAAGCAGAGAUAGCUGAUUUGGAACAAUCUAUGUCCGCAUUGGAUGAGUUGGUUGCAAAUUGGAAGGGUCAACAACAGAAGGAUGAGGUCCGAGAUGAAGUUGGUGAUGAUGUCUUCAUUGAUCCACGUGCAUCCGUAAUGACUGAUGAAAAAGAUGAUGGUGCACAAGAAAGCAAUAUGUAUGACCGUAUGAAGGCCCGACCUAGGAGGCGAUUCAAGAGUGUUGCCACAAAGACACCAUAUUCUGUUUAUGGAAAGAACAAGUUGAAAUCACUGCAAAUUGGUUAAUUUUGUUAAUUUGAA